AUGCCAGUUUCCCUUUCUUGGGUUCAGGUUACUACUCCAGGAGCACCAACUCCGCGCUACGGAUGUUCCAUGGUCCCAACGGCUGAUGGGAUUCAAAUCUUUGGCGGCUAUUCAACGCAUUAUCUCAACGAGUCUUUAUCUUUUCAGUCACAAUCAGAGCCUAAAAAGUGGCGUCUGCGGCGGCGAUCCCGGCCAUACCCUGCAGGGAGACGAGGACAUAUCAUGGUAGGACUUGAUGAAUGCCAGCUUUUAUUUGGAGGAGACUUAGGCUCCGCAUGCGUCAAUGAUCUGUGGAUAUGCACUGGCAGCGAAUGGCGUCAGAUCUUUGGGCAUUCAGAUACAGGAUCUUCGCCUUCUGGUCGCUAUGGCCACGCCGGCUGCGUUCAAAAUUCGUGUCUGUAUGUGUUCGGCGGAGCCGAUCGCUAUCAGCAAACGUCUAUGUUUGGUGACCUUUGGGUAUUGGAUCUUACUACCUUACGUUGGAACAGAGGGCCAGAAGGCCCAUCUCCAAGAUAUGGGCACUCAAUGGUCACAGUGGGCAAAGAUAUUUUCGUAAUUGGUGGAAUGACCCAGAGCGGACUUGCUGGGGAUGUCUGGCGCUUGUGUGUCAAUGAGAGUCAUGCGCUGUCGUGGGUACAGCUAGACCCUGUUUCCAAGACUCAGAUUUUUCCGCCACGAACAGAGUUUUUCGCUACCGAGCUUUCUCCUUCCUCAGUGUUGCUAUUCGGUGGUUCAUCAGCACAAGCACCGCUUAAUGACAUGUGGAUUCUCAAUCUUAAUACUCAGCAACAUCUAUACACUCCAGUCUGUCUUCAGAUACCCUCUACGCUUCCCGUCCCCAGACACGCCUUUGGUGCCAUAACCACAUCAACCGGUACCAUCUCCUCUGCGCAUGGGUCUGAAAUAGCUGCAGAAUUUGGAGGACGUGAUCAGUCGUUAAUCUGGCUGACAGACUUGGGAUCAGUGUACACUCCUGACCAUACCAGCAGCAGCUCCUACACAUUAUUUAAUGGCUCAUUUAUAAAGCUAUAUAUAUUCGGAGGCAGAGGAGCAGAUUCUUCCUUGAAUGAUCUCUGGGAAUGUACGGUAUGCUUGCUUGAAGAAACGGCAAUGACUUACGGUAUCCAGGAGACCAAGCUUACAGACCGGAACAGACUUGCAAACCUUGGUACUAGCUUUAGUAAUAUCAACUAUCCCCCCAACUCCGACAUCGAUCUUUAUCGCAGCGGAGAUUCGUUUGGAGAAUACAAUAGCCGCACUCUUGGGGCACCAAGUACAGACAUUUAUAUAUCUCAUUUGACUGAAGAAAGGUCUUUUCUAUAUGAUAAGCCAAGCAUUCAAUUGCCCACUGAUUCCUUCAAGCCUAACGUUCCACGGUUUCCUGAAGCACAAGAAGAGAAAGAGAAAUCCUCUAUUACUAAGCGUAUGUCCUCUGCUAAAGACAAUGAUGUACAUAAGGCAAGCUUCAUGGAGCACGCUAGUAUCAAUGACCCGUCUUUAUUAAGCAACAAUAUAUCUAGAGAGGAUCACGAUGCUAAUGAGUCUAUAACUCCGUUUAUUCACAAACCACAGCAGGCUCUAGUACGCGAAACUCUGAAGCAGCAGAGCCGCCCGUCAUCUGGGGGGACCGGAUCUCCUUACCGUAUGACCACAUCCAAUCCAGAUCAGCCCGUUCAGCCCACAGAUGAGGUGCAGAAGUACUUGCUAACUCAGAUGGUAACCAUCAAUGAAAACCUUCUGAAGAUGGAGGCGGCAUUCGAGGCGGCCGAACUGGCACGAAAAUUCUCGGAGGAUCUGGCGGAGCAAUCCUCAGCUGUGGACGAUCUUGCUCUAGCAGUUUCAGAGUUUAAAAAUGAUGUUAUGCAUGCCAUUGAAGGCCUCUCUCAAAAGUUAUCAGGAUAUGCAAUUACCCAACAAGGACACGAAGAGGACAUAGUUGAAUUGAAUGGAAAAUUAAAUGAACUAGAUAAUCUAAUUAUUGAGCGGGCUAGUGACACUACGAGAGAUGAGCUUUUUAUGGAAAUGCAAGUGCGAAUUGCUAGUUUAACUAAGGAGAAUAAAGCACUGACAGCCAGACUUACUAACGUAGAAUCUUUGCUGAUCGCCACAACACUUGCAAACAACCCCACUGACGAGAUAUUGGCUUUACUAAAUGCAGUGGUCAAUCAAUCUGCAACUCUUCCUCUAGACAUAACGACACAGCCGGUUACGGGUGUAUCCAAGGAGAGCCUCAAGCCUGACACGGCUACUACCUCAGCAUCGUCACAGGUCACUGGAGCAACACUGCAAGGUGUAUUCGAUGAGCUUCAAGAAAUGGGAAAGAAACUCAAUGCGCUAAGCAAUAGUAUUGGAACAAAAUCACAACUCUCUAUGCUGCCUAGCGAUAUUGGGGAUGAGAAGGUUACAAUUCAAUUUGAUCAACCCAGACAACGGGGCCAGCCACAACAAGCUCGACAAUUCCAAACACCGUAUCGAAACGAACAGAUGGCGCCACAUUUUGACAGUCAACAGCGUAUGCAACAAAGAGUAGAACCCAGGACACGUCAAGGUGCAGUAAUCUCCCCCCGUUCAGCGGUGACGCGCACUUCAGCCAUGUCACGAAGUUCCGGAUCACUUUCUACAUAUGUAGCUGGGGAAGAUCAGCGUGACACUGGUAGGCCAACGUCUGCAUUUCUGUCAGCCCAGGGACGGCCGCGGUCUUUCUCUGCCUCUACUUCUCGAAAACCAAGUAAUGAGUCACUUGCCAUGAUAGCAAAGGUGCUUAAUGCACCAGAUGAACUUUCGGAUGAUUGA